AUGCCAUCCAGUGACACCCAUCUGUACAGCACCGACUACAUCGAAAUCCCGACCUACUCCCGCAAAUUCAAAUCAGAAACAGGCGAAGAUGGUUUCUUCAGCCAGACGCUUGCAUCCGCCGUCACAAUCCCGAGUGUCCGCACCUUUCGCCUGACGAGUCUCCAACCCAGCCUCCCCUCCCAGCCACCCUCAUGGCCCUCCGCAACCACCCCACCAGUUCCAAUCGCUGUCCCCGGCGCCGAUCUGCUGAUGCAUCUUACGCUCGCGAAACCGGGAGUCUGCGGCCAUCCGGAUACGGCGCAUGGAGGCGUGCUGGCCACGAUUAUCGAUGAGGCCAUGUCAUUGGGCGUUACGCUAUAUGCGCCGGAGGCUGGGGAAGCGGGGAAGUCGGGCCGCAUUCGGUCGAAAAUGUUUACGGCACAAUUGGAUAUGCGGUAUAAGAGGCCUGUUGCUGUUCCGGGGCACUUGGAGGUUCGGGUGAGCGUUUUGGCUAAGCACGGGAAAAAAGUGUGGGUGAAGGCGCAAGCUGUUCAGGGCGGGGAGAUUAUGGUUGAUGCUGUUGCUUUUUGGUUGUUGGUUGCUCCAGCACCGGCUGCGAAGAGUGUUUUGUAA